GAUGGAAGGGGACCGGGCCCUGCCAAGGCAACAAGGGGCCCUGUUGUGUCACGGCUUCCGCACCAACCCGGGCAGCCCCUGAAGGCACAGCACUGCACUAUGGGGAGCGGACACAGGGAGGCAGGGUGCUACUGCUGUGGUUCCCGAGUGCGCUCCCCGCUGUCUCUCCCUGUGGGCAAACACCAUGCCAGGGGAACAUGGCCACGGAAAGUCUUUUGGGACGCUGGCUGGGGGGGCCCUAUGGUGCCGCCCUUCACUGCCGCAGUGAGAGCCGCCGUCUGGAACACCGUGGCUGCCCAUGUUCGCCAGCAGCUCCUGCAGCACAAGGGCAUCCGCAUUCCCACCCUUGGUUCCUUUGACACCAUCCUCGAGCGGGUGCAGGUUGGAGAUGGCCACCUGGCUGUGCAGAGACCUGUCUUCCACCUGGCCUGGAACCUCGCUGAAGGUCACCACCUGAAGGAUGACAAGGCAUACGUGCCAGGCAACAAAGUACUGCAGCCGCUGCAGUACACUCAGAUAGCCGCAGCCACCUUCGUGUCUCCAAAAAGAGUGGUGGGGUGCAUCCAGGCCACCAUGUCCCUCUUCUCUCGCUGCAUCGCGCAGGGAAGGAACGUCGCACUCAUCCUGAAGGAUAUUGGUAUGCUCCUCAUCGAAGGUGCCCAAGUGCAAAUGAAAUUCUACUGUGACUUCCUGGAAGUGAUGGCAGGGGAAGACACCUUGAAAGAAGUUCUGUUGAGAGUCCCAGGGGUGCCGAGCUCAGCGAUCCCUCACUCAGCAGCUCCUGCUUCCCUGACACGCUCAGGCUGCGUCAUCGUCUUUCCAGAGUUUGAAGUGCAGUGUGUUCAUCACAUGGCACUCGGGGGCACAAGGAAACCCAUGAAAGGCAGGCAAGAGAAGGCAGCGCGGGACAAGGACGGGUGUGCCUGGAAGCAGGGCCAGAGGCCUGCAGGGAGGCGCCCUCAAGCAGCAGAGCCUCCUCCAGCUCAGCAUGGCGCAGCCAGGAGCACAGUCCCGGGGGGCAUUGCUGACUGCCAGGCCCCCAGGCUGAAAGGCACCUCCCUUGCCACGAGGGCCUUCCUGCAGCCAGGCACCCAGAGCCUGGGACGAAGGCAGUGACAGGAUGAGGCGAUCCAGCAGGCGGGUGGGAUGCUCGGCCCUGUGCCCGUGCCAGCUGCUGCCCUCACAGUGGGGCUGGGGUCACUGGCAUGCUGCUGUUGGCUGUGUGAUGGCACGUGUGUGCAGGUUGGCUUCUUAGCUCUCUGCUAUGAAAUAAAAAUAUGCCUUUGCACCAUG